UUUUAGAGGUCUAAUACGAGGAUUUAUAACCUCGUUUCCGAUUAUGUGUUGAAAAGUGCCCGAAUUAUUGUUAAUAUUUAUACGUCGACCUACACUCCAUCGGCAUACAAACAGAAUAACACUUAAACAACCACUUUCCAGUAGCAAACAUCAUAAGCCGAUAAGAUACUAUUGAUUGGGAAAAUAUGCCUUCGUAUCUAGUUACUGGUGCUUCCCGAGGACUCGGAUUCGAGUUUCUUCGUCAACUAUCAGCGGUCCCGGGAGCCGUUGUUAUUGGGCUUGCUCGAGAUAAGGCUGCUACUGAGAAGAAGGUGUCCGCUGAGAUUGGGCGCCCCAACGUUCACGUCGUCCAUGGAGAACUUACAGAUUAUGAAUCGCUCAAGAAAGCAGCAGAAGACACCGCCAAGAUCACUGGCGGCAGUCUUGAUUACCUCAUUGCCAACGGCGGCAUCGUGUCUAGGUACUCGGCCUUCAAAACCCUUUACGACUUGGCAGAUGACCCUAAGGCUCUAGAAGAAGAUUUACUCACAUCUUACAAGAUCAAUACCAUCGGCCAGAUCCAUCUUUUCAAUCUAUUUCUACCGCUGAUCAAAAAAGGCGAAGCAAAGAAGAUCGUUGCGCUUUCGUCAGGCCACGCCGAUUACGACCUGAUCCGCGACUUCGGGAUAGUCAUUGCUGGACCGUAUACUCUGAGUAAGACAGCGCUGAACUUCGCUAUCGCCAAGUAUCACGGCGAAUUCAAAAACGAGGGAAUUUUGUUCAUGAGCAUUUCUCCCGGUGUCGUGGAGACUUCAGGGCAUAACGACCCAGAAGGCCUAAGCGAAAGGGAACUUGAAAAUCUCGGCAAGGUAGGCCAGCAGUUCGCAAACUACGCGCCACACUUCAAGGGUGCCAUUACGCCGGAGGAAUCCGUCAGGCUCAUGUUGGAUAUUAUCAACAGGGCAACCGUCGAAAAUGGAUAUGGGGGGACUUUCGUCUCGCAAUUUGGCAAUAAGCAGUGGCUUUGAAUACGAGCGGGCUGGUGGGCGAAACAUUCUCAAGAACAAUCCUUGUAGCAUCCUCUUACUUUGAUCCAAUGAGGUGUAUCUAGAUGCCUGAGAUAGCCUAAUUUACUAUACUUAUAUGUUCCGAUUGUUUUAAUUGA